AAAAACUACGUUGACCGUGAUGGUGAUUGCAUUGCUUGGAUCUAUGCGAUGACGCCUCUACCUGCAGAUUACCAUCCUUAUAAACAGUUCGACCAAGGCAGAUUAUCAGAAGACCUGCAAUAUGUAGACUUGGAGGAGAAAAAAUCCAUUGACAGUGAAGGUCUAAGGCCAGGAGGGUUUGACCCGCCAUUGCGUGGAACGAAUGGUGUUGAAGAGCAAGCUUUCACGUUCCGCGCGGUCUUUGUUGGCACGAUAUUGGGUGCCAUAAUUGGGGCCUCGAAUAUGUAUCUGGGCUUGACUGUGGGGUGGACCUUUGGAGCAUCCUUAUUUGGAUCUAUUGUUGGGUUUGCGAUAUUAAAGCCAUUAUCAAGGAUUUUGUCUCCGAGGUUCGGUGGUGGUUACUUUGGACCAAAGGAGAACUGUACGGUACAGAGUAGCGCGACAGCCGCGGGAGGCUUGUCUGUGGGAUUUGUGACAGCCAUUCCAGCUCUUUAUCGAUUAGGGUUGAUGAGCGACACGGUUGCCAAAGAUGUGGUUCCGCUUCUAUUGUUUGCACUAGCAGCCGCAUACUAUGGGCUGUUUUUUGCUAUUCCUCUGCGGCGUUACUUUAUUCUGAAGCAGAAACUGAUCUUCCCAUCGGCUACGGUGUCGGCUGAGACUAUCAAAUCCCUUCAUGACAGCGUAGAGGGAGAGCUGAAUAGCGGCAAGAAGGCAAAGAUCUUGGUUACAUCCUUUGUUCUGGCCUUUGCUGUAAAAUGCAUUACUUGGUGGAUACCCGUUCUACUAGAGUGGCAUCCUCUAUACUUUAUUGGGAAAGCCGCCCGGUCGAUCCCAUUGAUGGCUGCUGACGCGCUGUGGCGGUGGAGGCUGGAGUUUCGGCUGGCGUUUCUAGGCGCGGGGAUGCUAGUGGGAAUGAAUACUGCGACAUCGUUCUUUGCGGGAAGUGUUACAGCAUGGGCUAUUAUCGGCCCCACCCUUCUUGCAACCGGGACCGUAACGAACGCGUUUGGUUUCCCACACUACACUGAAUUCAACAGUACCACAUCCAUAGAAGAGUUUAACCGUCAAGUGACGGCUCAAUACUGGCUUCUUUGGCCGGGGGUGGUGUUGAUGAUCGCAUCAAGCUUUGCAGAGCUUGGUGUGCGAUGGAAGUCGCUCGCGCGGGGGUUUACAGGAUUAUUUCAGGAAACCAAGGGCGGGAUAAAAGCAGCGGCCAAGAUAACCAGGAAAGGAUCAACUGGGUCAUCCUAUCCAAUGACCAGAGUGAACAGCGAAGAAGUCGCACCUGCGAAAGUUUCGACCGACGAAAAGCGGGAGCAGGUGUUUGGAGAAGGAAUGGUGCAUGCUGAUCCCGCGGAUGAACAUUCGGAGGAGGAAGAUCCGACGCUGCCCCAUGAGCGUGUCCCAGCUUUAUGGUGGGGAACAGGGUUAUUAGUAUCCACAGUUUUCACCACAGCGAUUUUGACCUGGCAGUUUGGUCUCGCAGUUUAUGAAGGCCUUAUUGCCAUUAUACUCGGCUUCUUACUGGCGUUUGUAGGCUUACAAGCUGCAGGAGAGACAGAUAUCAACCCGACAGGAGCGAUUGGAAAAACGACCCAAUUCAUUUUUGCGGCUUUUCGUCAUUCCGAUAUGCGCCAGGCUUUGAAGACCAAUUUGAUUGCUGGGAAUGUUGCUGCUGCGUGUGCCUCCCAAACGGUCGACAUGGUAGAGGAUUUAAAGACCGCACAUCUCCUCCGAUCACCACCACGAGCCCAAUUCCUUGCGCAAGCCCUUGCAAGUUUGGCAGCGGUGUUCCUCUCCGUCGGGCUUUUCAUCUUAUUCGGAACAUCGUAUCCUUGCAUUCUUCGGAUGCCUGUUCCUGGGCAAACAUGCGAAUUUGAAGCACCUGCUGUUGCAUCCUGGACCGCAGUUUCCGUUGCUCUUACGUCAGGGAUCGACAAGACGGUCCCUGCAUCGGCAGCAUGGAUGAGUCUAGCGAUGUUGAUUAUCUGCAUCGUGUUUACAAUUGUAAAGUAUAAUCUGGUCAGACCAAAUUUUAGACAAUUUUUGCCGAGUUUAAGUGCAUUCGGAAUCGCCCUUGUAAACCCGCAACCAUACAUUGGUCUCGCGAUGUUUACAGGAGCUCUGAUCACUUUUUUCUGGAAGAGACGAUCCCCGACAUCGCAUGAGCUAUAUUGCUACGCCGUCGCGUCGGGGCUGGUAGCUGGGGAAGGUGUAGGUGGGAUAGUGGAAGCUUUGUAUGCAUUGGCCGGACUGGAUCGUACUCAGAGAGCUGUCCAAUGGGGUAUACCCGUGACCAACGCAGUGCGCUUUGAGAAUGGGUCGUUUGUUGUUGCUUAAAAGAUAUUUUUAUGUAUAUACAUUUACUGUGUUAAUAUUGGAUGCGAAAUUAGAAUGA